AUGAAGAUCCCUCACUUAGCGGUACUACUACUUUCCCCCGCACCUGGCCUCUUACUAAGUCCCGGUACUACUUGUCUCUUUGCUGACUACGCCCUCUCGCUGCAUAAUAACAAGAGCAGUCCCGGUAUCUCUUCAGUUUCCACUUCUCCAACUCCAACUCCAACUCCAACUCCAACCCCAACCCCAACCCCAACCAAGCAUCUCCAAACUCCAACAACGCGACCACCCACAGCCAAGAUGAAGCACGACUCCUGCCCCAAGUGCGGUGCCACCUCCGACGGCACCAAGAGCUGUGGCUCCUGCGGCGCGGUACGUCCUCUCCCUCCUCCUGCUCUUCCUUUCCUCGCCCACGCGUCCCCCUGUGUGUUGAUGAGAGUGAGUGGAGAGCUGAUGGAUGAAUUACCUCCAGUCAUGCCCCAACUAGGCAGCAGCACACGGUCGCUUGUCCCCUCUCCUAUCGACUCGCAUCAUGUCACAUCUGGCACCACUCGGGUUUUCUCGGCAAUACGAUACACCACAUCUCCUACAUAG